AUGGGGGCCGACGGGUCGGUGACGUGGCCUGGCUUUUGGAGGGUAUGCACACUCACCAUCACCUCAUUGAUCAUCACCACUAACUCAUUCUCUCUCUCGCCAACAGGUAUAACGCCGUAUAUGUGGGCCUCUCUGGGCAUAGGUCUGGCCAUAUCGUUGUCAGUGGUGGGCGCGGCGGUCGGCAUUCUGGCCACCGGUGUGUCGAUAAUGGGUGGCGGAGUGAAGGCGCCGCGCAUACGAACCAAGAAUCUGGUGUCGAUUAUCUUCUGCGAAGCGGUGGCCAUAUAUGGCAUAAUCAUCGCUAUAGUGAUGCUCAACGGUAUCAUUGAGUUCACGCCGGAGAAGGCGGCGGUGGACGCGGGCAUACGGGCGAAGAACUACUUGGCCGGCUAUAUCAUGUUUGGCGCCGGCAUUACCGUCGGCUUUGGGAACCUGUUCUGCGGUCUGGCCGUAGGUGUUGUGGGUUCGGGCGCCGCGUUGGCCGACGCCGCGAAUCCGGCGCUGUUUGUGAAGAUAUUGAUUGUCGAGAUCUUCGCGUCGGCUAUCGGUCUGUUCGGUCUGAUUGUGGCCGUCAUUCUCAACGCUAAGGUCCAUAUGGGAGACAAAUAG